UCAGAUGGCCUAUACUGUUUAAGAAGGGAGAACAUGGAGACAGGUUUGAGGAUCCUUCACUGGAUGUGGCUUUGGAUAAUUUCUCCAUUAUAGCUGUUUUUUAUGAUCAGAAAGCCUCCUGUCUUUGGGUGGAGCCUGCUGUUGGCCCAAGUCUGGUCUUCCUGAGCCAGCGAGGGCCUGUAUUAGGGAUGGAAUUUCCAUUAAGAAUUAAGCAGGACAGCCCUGGGAAGCCAGACAGGGGGCGGGAGAUGACGCUCCCACUCUGAGCUUUCUAUGCUUCAGAUCUGAACUGCUCGGGAGAGGCCUCUGACACCUCUGCCAUUCUGGCACCUUGAGUCACAUAGGCCUUGCUGAUACUAUGGCACAGAAGGAUGGACAAGGAGAAAAGAGUUCCCUUCAGGGCUCCCUUUAAGGAAACUUGGAGUUGCUGUGACCAAGAGUGGAGUCAUGAGGAGGCCCCCAGGAAAAGAAGCAGCAGCCUGUGAGGAUACAGACAACUGGGACCAAUGGGGACGACAGGAUCCCAAGAAGUUGGGCUGUGCUACCCCAGACCACUGUGGGCAGGCUUUGCUGCAGAUUGGGAUCAACAUGAUGGCGCUACCUGGGGGCCGCCAUCUGGACUCCAUUCCCUUGCGGGGUCAGCGGCUGCACCUCAUGCAAGUGGACUCUGUCCAGCGUUGGAUGGAGGACCUGAAGCUUAUGACUGAGUCCGAAUGCAUGUGUGUCCUGCAAGCAAAGCCUAUCAGCCUGGAGGAAGAUGCACAGGGCGACCUCAUCUUGGCAGGUGGCCCUGGUCCAGGGGACCCUCUGCAACUGUUGCUCAAGCGGGGCUGGGUCAUCAGCACUGAGCUGCGCAGGAUUGGGCAGAAGCUGGCACAGGAGCGCUGGGCGCGUGUGCAUAGCAUGAGUGUGCGACUCACCUGCCAUGCCCGCUCCAUGGUCAGUGAGUACAGUUCAGCCAGCAGGAGCACCUCGCAAGAGAUGAGCCAGAUUGAAAAGCUGUUAAUGGAGAAAUGUUCAGAACUCUCAGCGGUCACUGAAAGGUGCCUUCAGGUAGAGAAUGAGCAUGUGUUGAAGUCAAUGAAGGCCUGUGUGAGUGAGACCCUGAGCACCCUGGGACAGCACUUUGGCCAGUUGCUGGAGCUGGCACUGACUCGAGAGGUGCAGGCACUGGUGAGGAAGAUCGAUGCUUCUGACAACAUCUAUACCACGGAAUCCACCACAGGAAAUCUGUUCAGCCUGACUCAGGAAGGGGCCCCUUUAUGCCGCAUCAUUGCCAAGGAAGGUGGGGUCGUAGCCCUCUUCAAGGUUUGCCGGCAGGACAGUUUCCGGUGCGUGUAUCCCCAGGCCCUCCGCACACUGGCUUCCAUCUGCUGCGUGGAAGAGGGGGUUCACCAGCUGGAGAAGGUGGAUGGAGUUCUGUGCCUGGCUGACAUCUUGACUGACAACAGCCACUCAGAGGCCACACGAGCUGAGGCUGCUGCUGUGGUAGCUCAGGUCACAUCCCCACAUCUGUCUUUCACCCAACACCUCAGCAGCUUCCUGGAGAGCAUGGAGGAGAUCGUGACAGCUCUAAUCAAACUGUGCCAAGAGGCCUCCUCUGGAGAAGUCUUCCUGCUGGCCUCGGCGGCCCUUGCCAACAUCACCUUCUUUGACACAAUGGCCUGUGAAAUGCUUCUGCAGUUGAAUGCAAUUCGUGUCCUCUUGGAAGCCUGCAGCGACAAACAGAGAGUGGACACACCUUACACACGUGACCAGAUUGUGACCAUUUUGGCAAACAUGUCUGUUCUGGAGCAGUGUGCCUCUGACAUUAUUCAGGAGAAUGGGGUGCAGUUUAUCAUGGGUAUGCUGUCUGAGAAGCCAAGGUCUGGAACUCCAGCGGAAGUGGCAGCCUGUGAGCGAGUCCAACAGAAGGCUGCAGUAACUCUGGCACGUCUCAGUCGAGACCCAGAAGUGGCACGUGAAGCUGUGAGGCUGAGCUGUAUGUCCCGCCUCAUCGAACUCUGCCGCUCACCCACUGAGAGGAACAGCAGUGAUGCUGUAUUAGUAGCCUGCCUGGCUGCUCUUCGAAGAUUGGCUGGGGUGUGCCCUGAAGGCCUACAAGACUCUGACUUCCAGCAGCUUGUCCAGCCUAGACUUGUGGAUUCUUUCUUACUCUGCAGCAACAUGGAGGAGAGUUUUGUGUAGCAACUGUGGAAGAGGAAAGGUCUUCAGUUCACGUUUCAUGCCCAAUCUGAGUACA